GCCAUGAAUGCAUCAUCAUCGUCAAACUGCUAACUUGCUAAUGUAAACACAUCGGGUAAACAUCGCCAUUACAGGGUCAUCUGGAGGAGAAAACUAACGUCAGAUCACAUAUUAUUAAUCCAAGUAAUGGACGGAAGACAUAACCCACCUUGCAGCAGAGCAAAGAGUUUAACAACAACAACAACAACAGAGACUCUGGAGCUACUAAACCCCCGCACAGGUGUGAUGGCUGUCGGAGGACCGAUGACUUCAGAUCCGUGGCUUUAGUGGCGCAGCGCUGCCCUCGCCGGCACCAUGCAGCAGAAAGGUGCGAUGCAGAUCAUCGAAUGGGAGGACCUGGACAAGAGGAAGUUCUACUCCCUGGGCGUGUUCAUGACCUUGACCACCAGGGCCAGCGUCUACCCGGCCAGCCUGAUCCGCACCCGGCUGCAGGUGCAGAAGGGGAAGGCCCUCUACUCCGGCACCAUCGAUGCUUUCUGCAAGAUCAUUAGAGCGGAGGGUGUGCGAGGCCUCUACCGGGGCUUCAUGGUCAACACCUUCACGCUGAUCUCAGGUCAGGCUUACAUCACCACCUACGAGCUGGUGCGCAAGUACGUGUCCCAGUACUCUCCCAGUAACACCGUGAAGUCGGUGGUGGCUGGAGGAGCAGCUGCUCUGGUUGCUCAGACCAUCACGGUGCCCAUCGACAUCGUGUCCCAGCACCUGAUGAUGCAGGGCCAGGGGGAGCACCUGACUCGCUUCAAGGCCAAACCCAAGAGGAUGCUCGCAGCGUCGAAGCGUAAACUCACUUUCGGCCAAUCGCGGGACAUCACGGUGCAGAUAUUUGCUGCUGAUGGUUUCAGGGGAUUUUACCGGGGAUACGUGGCAUCGCUUCUCACGUACAUCCCAAACAGUGCACUCUGGUGGCCUUUUUAUCAUUUUUAUACAGAGCAGCUGUCCUUGAUGGCCCCCACCGGGUGCCCCCAUCUGAUUGUGCAGGCUUUGGCCGGACCAAUGGCAGCAGCGACCGCCUCCACCAUCACCAACCCCAUGGAUGUUGUUCGAGCAAGAGUUCAGGUUGAGGGCCGAUCGUCCCUCAUCGAGACGUUCAAGCAGCUGCUGGCGGAGGAGGGGGUCUGGGCGAUGACGAAAGGUCUGUCGGCCCGCAUCAUCUCCUCCAUGCCCACCUCGGUGCUCAUCGUGGUGGGAUACGAGACUCUGAAGAGACUGAGCCUCAAAGACGAGCUGGUGGACUCCAGACACUGGUGAGGAACCAGAGGGAACUAGGAGAGAUCGCACCGUGAUUCACAUCCACACAGAAUCUCUUCACAGGAGAGACGACCAAUAUCUGUGUCCAGCAACGGGAUGAAUGCUCUUCUGUUUAUCUGCUUUUCACACGCCUUGUUUUUAGAUCUGGUGUUGUUAUAAUGUUGGUACAAUGCAGCGGAGUGCAAAUGGUGAUGUUUAGGUACAAUUGGGAGUUGCAGGUGUUAUUUUACCCUGCCUUUUUUCUAUUUGUCAGACCCAUUUCUACUGGCCUUACCGUGAAAUAUUAAGAUAUAAGUGAAAACAAGGUUCUGCAUUUGCCCAAAAUGUCCAAUCUGAAGAAAAACACACAACAAAAUAAUCCUAAAAUGUAAAAACUGUCUGAAUAAUUAGCUUUUUUAAGUAUAGCAUAUAUCUUAGACUCUGUUUGAUUAAUGCCUCCCAUACUGGUAUGACUGCAGCAGGCGUUUUAUUUUUUACCGCGUCAUAUUUGAACAACUCAGUCAGCCUAAGCUUGUGAACACUUGCUGCACCGUUUGAGUUACUUUAAAUUGUACAGGAGAAAUACAUAAAUCGCUAAAGUGUGAAAUGUAAGCUAAAAGAAUAUUACAAAAAAUAUGUGAAGAUCUAAGUGAAACCUAGCUCGAGUCUGUAUCGUUAGACCUAAAGUCUUUCUGUAAUCAGCUGUGUCUUGUGAUUUAUUAAAUAACUGUCUGAAGUCUGAGGGGGUGCGGGUAUAAUGAUGAAUUCUACUUAAGGAUACGUUGAUCAGACAGGCUUCUCUGCUUCUCAUUGUUCCUGUUUGUGUAAAUGGACUGUACAAAACAAAUGGAGAUUGACAGAAAAGAUGAAAAUAGAUGUGAUGUAUCAGCAAAAGUGUAGUUGAUGUUAUAGGCCUUAGAUAACGUUGAAGAUGUGGGAAUCAUAGGACACUUCUGAUUAUUUUCUACUUUAUUGAGACUGUUCAGAUGACUGGGAAUCAAAUCUGCCACUAUUUGCUUAAAGCUAACACAGAGAGAGUAACGGCAGUGGCAACACAUCAGCGAAACUUUAACAUUGCCUUCAGAGUUCACCGUCAAAGGCCAUAUGACUAUGACUGCCAGAAAACAUCUCAGUGAGCUUUGACACUGCUCUUCUCUUGUAUAAACUUGUUAUGCAAACUGCACUCUUGUUUAAUGGACCCCAAAUUAUGAUGUGAUUGAUUCCUGAAAAGCACAUUUAAUGGACGUUUGCCUGAAUGGAGGAAGUGCUGCACAUGUGUUCAACAACCACCUGCCGUGUAAAAACAAAAAUCCAACAAUUGUUAAAAGUGCAGUUUGAUGUGUGUUGCAAAUUAAUAAAGCAUUCUGAAUCACUGCA